AUUAGUUGUAGAUAGUUAAAAAUGGAAGAUGAAUACGAUUACAAAAUGAAGAUCAUAUUUACAGGAGACAUGGGUGUUGGCAAGACCAAAAUUAUCCAGCGGUAUACUAGGAAGAUGUACCAGAAGCAAGAAAUGCCAGCUACUAUUGGAGUUGAAUUUCAUUGGAAAAGAGUGUAUUUAAAAGAUGAAGAUUUGAAUAUAAAGGCACUUAUUUGGGAUACUUCUGGGAGCGAAAGGUACAGAGCAGUCACUGUUGGGCACUACCGAGAUUCAAUGGGAGCAGUUCUGGUGUUUGACAUUACAGAUUUGAAGAGCUUUGAAAGUUUAGAUUUCUGGCUCAAAGAUCUUCAGAAAUCGGUACAUAAAGAAUGAGUAGUCGCUCUUUUACCUAAUAAGGUUGAUCUACUCCAAAAUGAUUGCAAAAGAGAAGUCUCUGAGGAAGAAAUCAUCAAAUUUGCUAAAGCUAAUCAGCUGCUAUAUCUUGGAGAAUGAUCUGCUAAAGAUGAUAUUAAUAUUAAAGAGACACUGGAUCAACUUGUGUAUGAGAUCAAGGAAAAGCAGAAAAAUAAUCUGAUCAUGACAAAUGUUACUUCUAAAGACUCGCUUGCUUUACAAGUUGAGGAGAAAGCAAUGUGUGGGAGUUCAGAGUCAUGUUUUGGAUGUUAAACCUCAAAUUUUCACAUCUAUAGAUUCAAUAAUGGA